ACAUUACAAGGGCUAGUAUUUAAAGCAUUCGUUCGGGCGUUUUAGUCACUCUGCCGUUAGUGUACAAACUCACCACUCAGUGCCGAGCAGUGGAUUAAAAGUAGUUUCACUUUCAGCUCCAUUUCGUGAUUUCCUGUAGAUUUCAUUUUUCUUUCUUUUGUGGUUUGCUGUAUUCCUGAACUAACAAAAUGGGUGAUUUUGAUUCGGAUAUUAACAAGGUUGUGCACGUGAAGCGAACCUACCAGGUAUACCGAGGCACAUCGCCCACCACACAGAACCGAUUCGAGAACACGGGGACUAUUUCCAGACGAGCGAGUACGAGUCAGAUACAAUCAGGUGCCAUUGCCUCGAGUUCGAGUCAACUCAGAACAAGUUCAAGCCAAGUGAAACGUACCAUUAUCAGCUCUUCAUCAACUGCUGCACAGUCAUCUUCUAAUGUCAAUGUAGAGAGGUCAUCUCGCGUAUUAAAACAUGAACAAGACCUGUUUCAUGCAGAGGAACAACGAUUUCAGAGUCGGAUCAGGGAGCUGGAGGAUGCCGUGGAUAGCGAGAGGGACAUGCGUAUCAGAUUCGAGAAACAAUGUGCUGAACUGACCUUCCAACUGGAUCAGUCCAACGAUAGGUAUGAGGAGGCUUAUGGUCUACAGUCCACACAGACUGAUAUUGCCAGGAAACGUGAAGCGGAAGUCAUCAAGCUUCGCAAAGACUUUGAACUGGCGAAUGCUCAGUACGAGGCUCAGGAAAGCAGCCAGAGGAAACGUCAUCAAGAAGCUCUCAACGACCUCGCGGACCAACUCGAACACAUGUCCAAGUCCAAAUCUAGGGUCGAGAAAGAGAAAUUAACACUUGUCGUUGAAAUCGAUGGUCUUCAGAUGGCAAACGAUUCUCUGGCCAAGGCUAAGUCAUCACUUGAUAUGAGGGUCGAGGGUUUGGAGAGUUCCAACAUCCGUUUGAAGGCUCAGGUAGAUGACAUGACCCGUCAGCUCAACGAUCUCAACGGCCUCAAAGCUCGCCUCACCCAAGAGAAUUUCGACCUUCAACACCAGGUACAGGAGCUGGACGCCGCCAACGCCGGACUCGCCAAGGCCAAAUCUCAACUUCAAGUCCAUCUUGAUGAUUUGAAGAGGAACUUGGAUGACGAGUCUAGGCAAAGACAGAACUUCCAAGUUCAACUCAGUGCACUGCAGAGUGACUAUGACAACCUGAACGCCCGCUAUGAAGAAGAAUCCGAAGCCGCCUCCAUUCUCCGUAAUUCCCUCAGCAAGGCCAACAGCGACCUUGUGGCCCUCAAGUCCAAAUACGACAAAGAAAUCACCGUCGUCCGCGAGGAACUUGAGUCUGUCAGGAGGAAGUUUAUCGUCCGGGUACAGGAGUUGGAGGAUGCGUGCGACACACUCAGGGCCCGCAACUCCAACCUCGAGAAGGCCAAGGCUAAACUCACAAACGAAGUUAGAGAACUCAGCAUCGAAAUCGAAAACCUCACCAUCAUCGUACAGGAUCUCACCAAGAGGAACAGACAGUUGGAGAACGACAACGCCGCUCUCCAAAAGAAGGUCGACGACCUUUCUGCCGAGAACGCUGCUCUUCGCUCAGAGAAGGCUGCGCUCGAGGGCGAGUGCCAGCGACUCAGGGUCAAGGUCGUCGAGCUCCAGGAAAAGAACGACAACCUCGGACGCGAAAACAAGAAAUUGGAGGAUGCUCUCAGGGAGACAAAGCAAGCCCUCAAGGAAGCCAACAAAGCCAACGAGGAACUCAGGUCCGCCAACGCCGCCCUCCUCGCCGAGAGGGAUAGCUUGGCUGCCGCCCUGCGUGACACCGAGGACGCCCUGCGUGAUGCCGAGAACAAACUCGCCGCCGCCCAAGCCGCCCUUGCUCAGCUCCGCGCUGAAAUGGAACAGAGGCUCCGUGAGAAGGACGAGGAAAUCGACAGCAUCAGAAAGAGCAGCGCCAGGGCUAUCGAGGAGUUACAGAGGACCCUUGUGGAGGUGGAGGUCCGCUACAAGUCCGAGAUCAGCCGCAUCAAGAAGAAGUACGAGACUGACAUCAGAGAACUGGAAGCUGCUCUUGACAAUGCUAACAGGGCCAACUCCGAAUAUGUGAAACAGAUCAGAUCUCUCCACAUCCGCGUCAAGGAGCUCGAGGCCAUUAACGAGGAAACUUCCCGCAGACUUGAUGAUGCCCUCGCCCAACUGUCCGUCUCCGAGAGGAAACGUGUCGCCCUCCAAACCGAAGUUGAAGACCUCAGGGCCGCCAUGGAGAACUCCGAGAGGGCACGCAAGAACGCCGAAACUGAGCUCAACGAGGUAUCCAUCCGCCUGUCAGAAAUUCAAAUCCAGGUCAAUGUCCUUGUCAACGACAAGCGACGCAUGGAAGCCGACAUCUCUGCCAUGCAGACUGACCUUGACGAGGCCCUCAACGGCCAGAGAGCCGCAGAGGAGCGUGCCGAGCGUCUCUACAACGAGAACAGGCGUCUUUGUGAUGAGCUCCGCCAAGAACAGGAGAACUACAAGAACGCCGAGAGCCUCAGGAAGCAGCUUGAGAUUGAAAUCCGCGAGAUUACCCUCAGGCUAGAGGAGGCGGAGGCCUUCGCCCUUCGGGAAGGAAAGAGACAGAUCGCCAAAUUACAGGCUAGAAUCCGAGAUUUGGAGGCUGAAAUGGAAGCUGAGCAGAGGCGAAGCAGGGAGGCCAUCGGAAACAUGCGUAAAUACGAACGUCAAUACAAAGAACUAUUUAGCGUGGCUGAAGAUGAUCACCGCAUGGUCGCCGAACUGACCAGUAUUAACGAUCAGCUAAGCAUGAAAAUCAAAAUCUACAAGAGACAGAUCGAGGAGGCGGAAGACGUAACCAGUAUUACAAUGAGCAAGUACCGCAAGGCACAACAGAUGAUCGAGGAGGCUGAGGGUAGAGCAGACAUCGCCGAGAAGAACCUUACACACACCCGCAGAACGCGAUCAAUGUCCGUCCAACGGGAUGUCAAGGUCGUCCGGAUGUAAACACAACACAUUUAUGGUGCCUAUCAUUUUACAUACAAAAAGCCAGUGCCACAUUGACAUCAAAGAGACGCUAUUUAUUUAAAUAUGGGGAUUUCACUGACUGAAUUCCGAAAUGUCCCUAAACUUGUACAGAGACGUUUAUUUUUUGGUUAUUAAUCUUAUUCAUUGUGCAGAUGUGAUUAAAAAGCAUAUAUGUGUGUGUUGCUAAUGAUGGAAUUGUACAGGAAUACUUAGGGAGACCGGCUAUUGCUCGGCACGGGGAAAGCGGAAGUCUCUUUAGAUAUAUACGUAAUCCUGGAAGGAAUGACGUCAUAUUACGCAAAUUCUACAUUUUCCGUUUUAUUCGGUAGGAGGCACUUGGAUGUAUGGCGUCGUCACAGAAAUACUCUCGUAACAAAACGUUUCGUGUAAAUAUUUACACAUUAAGGGCACUGGAAAGCAUGACGUCAUUUUAUUCGACCUAAACGCUCAAACUCUUUAUCAAUGUGCUGUUAGAGAUCAUCGCCAAUGUUUAUGUACUUAUCAUGUCAAUGUGUAGAGGAAGUGACGAAAUCGAUGACAAGCGAUGACAGGAAACGUUCACAAGAGAGACGAACAGGAAGUUUACUGUUGCUAUAGUAACUGGUACUUUUUUGGCGGAGAGAGAAAAAACCCAACAAAAACGAACUAUUCUGUUUCUUGAGCUUAGCUUUGUCAAACGUUUCAAACAAUGUGCAAUAUAGUCAUUUUAUAAAUGUGAUAUUUAAGAGAAACGAAAAUUAUGUUAAAUAAUGUUUUGGUACUUUUUAUGUUGAUAAUUUAUACAGAGUUGUCGAUAUAUUUAAAUAAUGUAUAGCAAUGAAUAAUUAAGUCGAACGAAGGACUGUUUGUAUGGAGGACACGUGUCUCUACAGACAGAUACUGUCGAUACCUGCAGGCACGGUGCGCUCUGUAUACAUUGUAGUGUUCACCAUGCUAGUACUUUUACAGAGAACGACGACAGUAUGUUAUACGUUUCCCUCUGCUAAAAUAAAUUCCAUUAUUUGUUGCUUAUA